UCCUUCUACGUCAAGUUCCCGUUUCUAAGCUCUAGGCUGUAGGCCUUUUCCUCGUCAUACGAAUACCAUGCCAUGGCAGAUAUCAAUUCUAAAAACAGCGUUGCCUGCCGGGUACUGAUAUUGUUGGAAGAAGGGGAAGUAGCACAGAGGUAACGAUCUAGAUAGCAGCCUCCCCGAAAAAUGACAAGCGCUCCACAGAGCAAUCGUUUGCUAGUACCCACCUCCUGAGAUUCUACCUGCUUGUGAUGAGUCGCCACGAUGAGUCGUUGCGAUGAGUCGUUGGAUUCCGGGAUUUUUUUGGGGAAGCAGUGGCCCCAGCCUGUUUGAAUCGUUCUCAAUCGCCCUUUUCUUUUCACCCUCACCCUUCUCAUUCUCUUCUUCUUUUCUCCCACCCCACCUCUCCCACCAUCACUCCCCUCGCAGUCUCUGCUCCCACCCCUCCUUGACGCUUCGUUCUCGCUGCGUUCCCACUGCCCAUUCCCACUAUUCACUUGCCAACCAUCUCAAUCGCAUCUUCAAAAUGAUGCUCUUUGAUGGCCCCUUGAUGGAAAUCAUGCCUCUCACUGAUAAGAGACAAGUUAACGGCCAGCAGCCCUGCGCUGUCGGCGACACCCUCAUCCUUGAGAAGCGUGGCCCAGAGCUACAGCCCCUGGACGCCAUCAUGUGCGCUCCUGGUUACUGGGUUCCUGCUAAUCCAGUCACUGGCCCCGCCUUUGAUCUCUCGGGUAGUCUCCUGAUGAACGAGAAUCUCAAGAAGGAUGGCCAGAACUACGCCAUCACUAAUGAAAGUGUCAGGGACGUCGCGGACAAGGACAUCGUUGCUGGCAAGAACCUCGCUACCAAUGACCUUGGCAUCAAGAAGGACAUUGGCAAGACCAAGAUCCGUGUUCCUUUCGUCGGAACUUGUUUCGUCGGAAAUCCAAACGUCGCAACUGUUCAGGACCUUAUCCAGUCGACCUCCACGGAUGCCCAAACCCUCGCUGGCACCAACCCCGAGGCAGACGUCUUCAUUCCGCAAGCUGAGAUUGAUGCUCUCCACGCUUACGACCCCAACCCCGGCUUGGCCAGCAAUGAGGCGUUCAUGGCAUCUUACGCCGUCUGGAUUGCCAAAGUCGCCCGCAACGGCUAUAGGUUGCCUAUCGAGACUUCUUCCCGUAGCCCCGUCAAGAAGUCCCGUUACCUUCCUGCCCGCGUCCUCCUUUUCAAGGACGUUCCCAACUGGCUUAACCUCUCCGAUGUCUUCGGUCUCGUCUAUGGUGGUGCUGUCGAGCACAUCUUCCGUUCGGAGAUGGCGGAGAUUACCGUGAUCUUCUGCGAGGAGGCAGCCUGCAACGCGUACCUGUCCGUCCACGCCAACGGCAUCCGUGUCAAGAAGACUGGCAGCGAUGACGAGUAUGUCACCAUGCUCGUUGAGAAGGCUCCCCGUGGUCAAGAGAUCACUUCUGCCAUGCAGAGCAAGAUUGCCUCUGGUGGCUCCCGCGUGGUCCGUGUGGACGGUGUCUUCGACGCAGAGAAGACCAAGGCGUUGACUGGCCUCGCCUUUAACUACGAACUGGAUCACAUGCAGUUCUACAGCGAGAAGGAGAAGGCUAUCCCUGCCCUCUUCUUCUUCUGCGGCAUUGUCGACGCUUGGGCUUUCAAGCAAAAGCUCGAUGACAACGAGGAGUGGGCCAACCACACCACCGAGUUCGUGGCUGACCCGAGCAAGGUCGCCACGGGCUUCCACGACAAUGCCGUUCCUAACCGGAUGGCCACCGCUGUCGUCGCCGCCGCCUAAUCGCAUUCCGUUUCCCCGAACUUGCUUUAUCCCGACAAUUCGACAUGAUCGAGACAGAGCGUGGUACGCACGACUCUCUGACCACCAAGGGAUACAUGGUCCACCUUCUGGCGUUUGGGGAAUCGUCAUUGCGAUCAAGGCUUUGCUUUUCUUGUUUCCAUGUGCACUUUCCGAGGAGGAAUGAAAGGGGAUAUCACAAAGAUGCACAUCUGAUCGACACAUACAGAGAUUCAGAGAUCGGUUCACUAGGAACCGAUCUAGAAAUCUGAAGAUAAUCUGGGAAUUGCAGCUUCAUCCGUAGCUUACUUCGUACUCUAAACUCGAUUUGCAAAAGUACGAACCUUGGUAGAAGAUUCACCCUGUCAAAGAAAUUAACCACCGACAAAGUCCCGUCGAGUGACUCGAGUCAUGUCCAUCACACAUUUAAUAACUAAUGCAUAUCCAGCUGCAAGGUCAGACAGGUGAUCAUACCACGAUGCGGUCAUCCCUUCCCAUCUCAUUCGUUGCUCUGGUUCGUAACGCCGAAUCCUCCACUAUCCAUCUGCCCAUACAUUGAUCCGCAAACAUUCACGAUCCCCCGUUCCCCCUCGACCGGUCAUCAGCACUAGCCCAUCUCGCCACGAAUCUAGCACGACGAGGCUACGGCGAUGGCUUGUUUUUGAGGAUUUCCAUUUGCUCGGAUAUUCUGUCCGCGCGACCCGCCCACCAUGGCUUCGGGUAAACUAGCACGAUCGCGUUAAUCGAUGUACUCGAUGAACGCUUCCGUGAUGAUUUGGUUCGAGGGUAUGGAUUGAAGAUACAAGGCUCCUUCCUCUAGGGAUCUGUGUUUUUUUUUUCUUUUUCUUUUUCCUUUUUUUUUGCUUUUUGUGCCCUCGGUUGAAGGCCGUAGGUACGACCGGGCAUACAUUAUCCUAUGGUGGGGGGUCUGAACCAUUUCCAGGGCUUGCGGCGCCAAAUGCGUUCUGCGUGCGUUGGGGAGACGGGAUGCCUCGAGUUUUUGAGUAUUGAGUAUCGAAUGUUACCCACCAACACCGACAUUAACAUCAACGUGUCUGCAUUAGCCCCUCGCGGUGAAAUGGGUUCGAUUCUAUCAGUCAUUGGAGAUCCUUCAUAGCCGCUCAUGCACGCCCGCUAAAAGGCCCAAGCACACAAGCAUGUUCUAGCGCUGGAUGCCCUGUCCUCUUUACAUUGAUCUAGGGUCGCCUGCGUUAGGAUACAGCAGAGAGACCGGGGCAUACAUAUGAAUUCUCGACUGGAGAGUGCAUCCGCCCGUCGCAGAGCAGAGCAGAGCAGAGCUCCAGCUCCAACUCCAACUCCACCGGGCGUGUAUUCGUAAUCGCGUCCCCACAUCCCUGAACAGCCGAACUCUUGC